GUCGUUGGAGUAUUGGGCGCUUUGGCGAAUAUCGUUAAUAUCAUCGUAUUCGCUAAACAGGUGACUAUAGCCUACUUGUACGUGUGAUGUGGGAGGAAAAAAAUCUUAAUUUCUUUUCAUUUAAUUACGUUUUUUUCGGUCCAUAAUUCAAGUGACGAUGUUGUCACAUUAAUCAGACUUAUUUAGACAGACAUUGUCUUUACCCGAAGGAUCUUUUUCUUUUUUUUAAUAAUUCAAUAAUAGACACACACACCCUCUCCCACAUUUUUUAAAAUAAAAAUCCCACACAAAAAAAACUAUUGGACUAAUUUUGUUGGCUGCGUGAGUGAUAGCAAAUAAUCUUUUAAACAAUUACACCAACACUAUGUUCAGUUAUGAUGGCUUUUUAAUUUUACAAAACUUACUCUGCUUUGUGUACAGUGAUUAGUUGCUUAUAUAAAAGUAUGUAACAGUAAGAUAACGUAAUUGAUAUCUUUUUUUUUUCUUUCAGAGUUUUAACUCUUCCGUUAACGUUAAUUUGCUUUGUCUGUCCAUAGCAGACUUUGGAAGUCUGGCCAGUCUGUCCUGGAAAAGUCUUAGUUACAUACAUGUGCUCCUGUCCUGGGACCUCUCCUACCUGGGCACUGACGUCAUCUAUGUGUUAGCUGGUAAGUUUGUAUUUCUUGCAGACAUGUAUCUGAUGGCGUGCCUUGGUGGGGGGGGGGAGGGGGGAGACGGAUACGACCUCCCCACGAGUCAUUUUUAAUAAUGUUUUUUACCAACAUUUAAAAUAAACGUGUGUUUGCUGGGAUUCUUUUAUUUGGGGGGGGGGGGCGCAUCUUUUGGGGUUUUCCCGGGGGGGCAUUUAGUUUUAGAUACGCCACUGAACCUAUGAACUGGUACGUUAUUUCAUGAAUUUUUUUUUUUAGUAAAAUUUUUUACGUGCUUCAUUGAAAUUUCAAUUUACAAUUUUAUUUAUCUUUGUGUUGGAUCAUCUAGCAGUCAGCCGUGGAACUUUCACGCGAAUCGCAUGGUGGAUCACCACGCUCAUCACCUUCGAGAGAUGCCUGUGCAUCGCCAUGCCACUCAAGAUAAAGCACAUCGUCACUCCCCGGUCCUCUACCCUCGCCCUGUGUCUCAUUCUCUUGGUCGCACUGGCGGGCGUGUCCCCGUUUCUCAUCGCGAGACGCAUCGGGGACGUGUCGACCGGCAACAGUACCGCAGUGGGGUUUUAUUACGCCGAGAACGGCCCGUACCUUGAAAGCAUCAGCACGACGUACAGUGUCGUGGCCCAGCUCGGAUCUUACAUUUUGAACGCAGCCUGCACCGGGGUCAUCAUCCUUCAGCUACGCGUGAAAUCAACGUGGCGGAAGGGCUGCGGGCUGGCGGUUGGCUUGAACCACGCCCGGGAACUGCGGGAUAAGCGGAUCGCGAAAAUGAUUUCUUCGAUAUCAUCGCUGUUCAUCGUCUGCUCCUUCGCCAAUUGUGUCAGUUUAGUUUUGGUGAUCGCCAAGGUCCCCGGCUACAGUGAUGCGUUCGCGAGUCCGACUUUCCUUGCGGUGCAGGAGGCGACGAUCACGCUCGAGGCCGUCAGCAGUUCUGUGACGAACCUUGUGUAUUACUCCAUGAGUUCAAAGUACAGAGAAACAUUUGAUGAAACGUUUCUCCACAAAACUGAAAGUCGC